AUGGAAAACGAGACAGUCAGUGAACUGAACCAAACACAGCUUCAGCCACGAGCAGUGGUGGCCCUAGAAUAUCAAGUGGUCACCAUCUUACUUGUGCUCAUUAUUUGCGGUCUGGGCAUUGUGGGCAACAUCAUGGUAGUCCUGGUGGUCAUGAGAACCAAGCACAUGAGGACUCCCACAAAUUGCUACCUGGUGAGUCUGGCAGUAGCUGAUCUCAUGGUCCUGGUGGCUGCGGGCCUCCCCAACAUAACAGACAGUAUCUACGGUUCCUGGGUCUAUGGCUAUGUUGGAUGCCUCUGCAUUACUUACCUCCAGUACUUGGGAAUUAAUGCAUCCUCUUGUUCAAUAACAGCUUUUACCAUUGAGAGGUACAUUGCAAUCUGUCACCCUAUCAAAGCCCAGUUUCUCUGCACAUUUUCCAGAGCCAAAAAGAUCAUCAUCUUUGUCUGGGCUUUUACAUCCAUUUACUGCAUGCUCUGGUUCUUCCUGCUGGAUCUCAAUAUUAGCACCUACAAAGAUACUAUUGUGGUAUCCUGUGGCUACAAGAUCUCCAGGAAUUACUACUCACCAAUUUACCUUAUGGACUUUGGUGUCUUUUAUGUUGUACCAAUGAUCCUGGCCACCGUCCUCUAUGGAUUCAUAGCUAGAAUCCUCUUCUUAAACCCCAUUCCUUCAGAUCCUAAAGAAAACUCUAAGACAUGGAAAAAUGACUCAACCCAUCAAAACAAGAAUUUGAAUUUAAACACCUCUAAUAGAUGUUUCAACAGCACAGUAUCUUCAAGGAAGCAGGUCACCAAGAUGCUGGCAGUGGUUGUAAUUCUGUUUGCCCUUUUAUGGAUGCCCUACAGGACUCUCGUGGUUGUCAACUCAUUUCUCUCCAGCCCUUUCCAAGAAAAUUGGUUCUUGCUCUUUUGCAGAAUUUGCAUUUAUCUCAACAGUGCCAUCAACCCAGUGAUUUACAAUCUCAUGUCCCAGAAAUUCCGUGCAGCCUUCAGAAAGCUCUGCAACUGCAAACAGAAGAAGCGAACAGAGAAACCUGCUAACUACAGUGUGGCCCUAAAUUACAGUGUCAUCAAGGAGUCUGACCAUUUCAGCACAGAGCUUGAUGAUAUCACUGUCACUGACACUUAUCUGUCUGCCACAAAAGUGUCUUUUGAUAACACCUGCUUGGCUUCUGAGGUAACCUUUAGACAAAGUUGA